AUGUCCGAGCACAACUCGCCAAACGCCGAGGCCAAGCCGAAGCCGGAUGAUAACACGCUUAACAUCAAGAUUCGUGCGACCGAUUCCUCCGAGGUGUUCUUCAAGAUCAAGAAGACGACCAAGCUCAACAAACUCAAGACUGCGUAUGCGGACCGUGUUGGCCAUGACCCGACUGCCAUCCGGCUUCUGUUCGAUGGCGCGCGUAUCCUCGACAACCAGACCGCAGAGGAUUUGGACCUUGAGGAUGGCGAUGUCCUCGAGGUGUUGCUCGAGCAGGUCGGCGGCUGCUAG